ACAUUACAUAUGGAGGGAAGCAGACGGUCAGAAAAUCCAACAAAGCCCGAAAAAACUUGAGAUCGCCUCACGAGUUCGACUGACUCCCUGGAUUGUAUCUGGUGACCAUCAUGCUCUGGAGUCCAGUUGACGAGAAAGGCCGACAAGCUGCAGCUGAAAGUACAGCCCUCGAUCACCUCAGCUACCUUGGCAAUGCCACCACCGCGGCUUACUAUCAUCGCUCUGCGGCUCUCCCACUCGAAUCGGUACAGCCAUUGGUCUAUAACGCCCUGUCACGGGUGAUACUGCAACGUCCAGCAAUGGGGGCCAUCCUCCACCACACGGUGCAAUUUAUUCAGCUCCGGGAUGGCCGAGAUGAAGAGGUGGAUGCGCUGGUGGAGGAACAACAGAACAUUGGGUUUCCACAACCCUAUGAGCAGUCACCCUGCUGGCGUCUGAUUAUUGCAUACACAUCUCGGCAAGGUACCGUGUCUGAUAUGGUAGCUUGUUUUGUGGUAGGUGAAGCCGCCAGGGAUCAGUUCUGCGCGUUGGACUUCCAUCGAUCAUUCUUCGCUGCAUUGUUCCUGGUCAACGAGGAGAACACAUCGAAACAGCCAUCGGAAUACCCCAGUCGCAAAGAUUCAAAAGGACUGUCUGGGAUUUCUACAUCACGGCAUGAAAGGGAAACCAGCCAUAUCCAAUGCGAAUCUCGGUUCAAAACAGUCACACUUGGAACCACGGACACUGCCCAUCUCCUGGUAGAUUGCUUUGCCAGGACGACGACUCUCACCGGUGCCAUCCAAGCGGUCCUCGCGGCGUCGCUGUUUGUCAACUUACCCUCGGAAUUCUCCACUAUGCGUACUGCAGGCCACAUAUCGCCCAAUGGGACCAUAGGCAACCCGAUCGCCACACCCUGCUCUAGAUAUAUUACAACACAUAGCAGAGCGCAGGGAUGGAAUAUGUCCUCCAUCUGGAACGAGGCUCGACGCAUCCACGCAGCCUCCAAGGGCGAGCUAAGUGGAAAGGUGCGAAGCAACAGUUUAGUGGGUUUUCUUCGACGCGAGGAAGGCCCUAGCUUGUCUGAUACGAAAGACAUUGGAGGGACUAGUGGAGUCAGCGUUGCAGUGUCUAGCAUGGGAAGCUUCCAGGAUCCAAAAUCAUCUGAGUCCGAAAAGCAGCGAGAAUGGCAGACAGGGAGAAUUAUAUCUUGCAAUGAUAGUAAUGAGAUCGGUGCUGCUCUGUGUGUCACACUGGUUAUCGGAGGAGAUGGCUGUUUGACAAUGGGAUUUUCUUGGUUAGAAGGUAUCAUCGAGGAGGUUUGGCUUGACCAGGUUAUCGUCACCAUUAGAAGGCUUAUUGGAGAGCUUUUGCACACCAAUGGUGCCACGAAAAAGAAACCAAUGGUACCAGAGCCAGUCCCCUGGGGAGGUUCGGUGUCUCGGUUGGUCUGUCUGGUCAGGGACCUCGUGUUGGAUUAA